AUGAACGCGACGGCGCCGGCGCUGAUCCCGCCCUUCCGCUUCAGCACCGUGCAGCAGGGGCUGUAUCGCGGCGCUUACCCGACGCUCAAGAACUUCCGCUUCCUGCGGCGUAUGGGGCUCAAGACCGUGGUGUCGGUGAUCCCAGAGCCGCCCACGAGCGACCUGGCGGGCUUCUGUGCCAAUGAAAAGAUCACGCUCCACCACUUCUACGCCGAGAAGUUCACGUCCGACAACGUGACGGUGUCGCCCGCCACGGCCGCGCAGAUUAUUGAGAUCCUGGUGCAGAAGAAGAACCUCCCGCUCUACAUCCACUGCCUAGAUGGGUCCAACGUCACGGGCAUCGUCGUAAUGAUCCUCCGCAAGCUCCAGAACUGGACCAAACUGGCGACCGUCUCGGAGUUCUGCAGGUUCACACGGGACCACGGCAUCGAGAAGGACGAGUCCGAGUACCUGGCGGCCUUUUCGGAGGAGAUCGUGGUGACUGCCGACGCCCCGCAGUGGCUCUGGAACGGCGUGCGAGUCACGAAACACCCGACCAUGAUCGUGCAUCAACCGGACCUGGAGCUUGCCGCUGCCAGCACGCUGGAUGCCUCUGGCAACCCGAACAACGGCGCGCCGAACCUCAAAUGGGAGACGGAAGUGGAGAAGACGGAGGCCAUCCUGCGUCAAUUCGAAGAGGCGACUCGCAACCGCAUCGGAGAGGCUGUUGAGGGCGGCGAGGAGGUGGAGACGAUCAUCGAGGAGGUGUUGCAGGAGUUGCCGCUCUCUCGGUCGCUCGAAGCAUUGGACCUUGCGGGCGUUUGA